AUGGGUGUCACCGGCCUCUGGACGGUCGUGCAGCCCUGCGCUCGUCCUAUCAAACUCGAGACGCUUAACAAGAGACGCCUCGCAGUGGACGCGUCAAUUUGGAUCUACCAGUUCCUAAAAGCGGUGCGAGACAAAGAAGGAAAUGCGCUGCGAAACUCCCACAUUGUCGGAUUCUUCCGUCGGAUAUGCAAGCUUCUGUUCUUCGGCAUCCGACCCGUGUUCGUCUUUGAUGGCGGCGCCCCGGUCAUGAAGAGACAGACGAUUGCAGGCCGGAAGAAAAGACGCGAAGGUCACAGAGAAGAUGCUGUGAGGACAGCGGGGAAGUUGCUCGCAGUACAAAUGCAAAGGAGCGCCGAAGAAGAAGAAACUCGCCGACGCAAUAAGAACCGGAGACAAGAAGAGGAAGAGGUGACGGAUGCACCAGUCUAUGCAGAUGAGGCGUUCAUGACUGAGAAAGAAAGGCAACAAACUCGACGUUUCAAGAAAAAGGAUGCCUACCACUUACCGAACCUGGACGUUUCGCUCCAGGAUAUGGGCGCACCAAAUGACCCGCGUAUCAUGUCACAAGAAGAGCUGGAGGAAUAUGCUCGACAUUUCCACCAAGGCCAAGAUAUCAAUCUUUAUGACUUUUCCAAGAUUGACUUCGAUAGUUCAUUCUUCCUCAGUUUGCCCGCGACUGAUCGGUACAACAUCUUGAACGCCGCAAGAUUGAGAAGUCGGCUGCGUAUGGGCUACUCCAAAGAGCAGCUAGAUACCAUGUUUCCUGACCGCAUGGCAUUCUCAAGAUUCCAGAUCGACCGAGUUGCGGAGCGCAAUGAUCUUACUCAGCGACUAAUGAACAUAAGUGGUAUGAAUGGCGAGGAAGCAUUUUACAAAUCUGGGCAGCGUGUUGCGGGAGAACGCGGUAGAGAAUAUGUGCUUGUCAAGGAUCAUGACCAUGUGGGUGGCUGGGUGCUGGGUGUUGUUGGAAAUAAAGAGGGUGAUGAGGAAAAACCCAUCGAUCUUGAUCGGCCUGAGAUAUUGUCCUCGGAAAAUGAGGAGUCAGAUGAUGACGACUUCGAGGAUGUACCAAUCGAGGGUCUCAAUCGACUUCCUAAACUUCCUUUCCUCCAAGAUGGUGCAUUUGAUCGAUCUCUUCAGCAUCAACGCGACGAGGACUUUGACAUUCAAAGAGCUAUAGCUGAAUCACGUCGGACUGCGCUGCAUCAGCCAGUGAAUGACCGCCAAAUCCAAGCAGUAGAUGAUGAUUCGCUAUUUGUCCAGGCCGAUGGAAACAUCGGUGCCCAGCAGCAGAACAACGACACUGACGACUAUUUUAAUGGUGAUGAUGAUGACGACCUUGAACAAGCCAUUGCUCUUUCAUUGCAACCAGAUACCAACCAUGAUGAAAUUGUGCCAGAAAUUUCCAUCAAUCGACCUGCCGAGCGAGCCCCUUCUUAUGAUAUGACGAUGCCAGACCCCGAUUCUGAAAGCGACGAUGGAAUGGAUUUUGCGACUGCUGUCGCCAAAACCAAAGUCACAAAGAAGGCCCCUCAGCCGUCAAAUCCAUUCGGUGGUCCUCUUCCAUUCGAGUCUAUCAAGCUCACGAAAGCCACAAAAGACACUGGUAAAGAUAUUGAGGCAGAUGAAAGCGCAGGUGGCUUCGUAAAGGAAUCCACACAGAAACCUAAACAGGCAGACCCGCUUCCUCCCUGGUUCGCUGGCGAGCGCUUGAACCAAGAUUUUAUCGUUGAUCCCAUCGAAGACCCCAAAGAAGAAGAGAAACUGGCGGCACCGGAUCAUUUGUUUCUUUCCAACCGUCGCUCGCCAGAGAUAAUUGAUGUCGAUCAAAUAUCCGACACCAAGGAGGUUGUUGAUCUAGAGGGUUCAGAGGGAAUAGUCGACAAUGAAGAAAGAAAGCUUGAACCAAUCUCCGAUGAACAAAUUGCAAAGCUUUACCGCGAGGUCGAUGAUGAGCCAUCCAAUGAAUCAACCCAACCCAAUACGAAAGAUGAUGAAGCGCCACUCGACAUUGCCAAAGAGCAACAUCAAGAAUCGGUGCCCGUACCCGAAGCAAAAACCUCAGAGAUACCACUCCCUAGUGAGCCUUCUCCGUCACCUGAAUUCGAGGAUGUGAUUACGCAGCCACAGACAAACGGCCCUGAGAUUACUGUUGUAUCCCACGAGGUCCAGCCCCGACCCCAGCCUUUUGACGAUGUUGAGCAACCAGAGGCCUUUGCUGAAGAUCAAGGCGAUUACAGUGACCCAGAAGAUGAAGAUCUCUUCAAACAGCUUGCAGCCGAAGGCGAAGAGCAUGCUCGGUUCACCCAAACUCUAAAUAAUGUUGUUCCUAUGCAAAAUGCAUUUGAUUUUGAGCAAGAACUGAAACAGCUACGCAAUCAACAAAGAAAUGAACGUCGUGAUGCAGAUGAGGUGACCACUAUAAUGAUCAAUGAAUGUCAGCAGCUGUUGACUCUCUUUGGGUUACCCUACAUCACUGCGCCGAUGGAAGCUGAGGCGCAGUGCGCUGAAUUGGUCUCGCUAGGUCUUGUUGAUGGCAUUGUCACGGACGAUAGCGAUAUCUUCCUUUUCGGUGGAACACGAGUCUAUAAAAAUAUGUUCAGUCAAAGCAAAUUCGUGGAAUGCUACCUAGCAUCAGACUUAGAGAAGGAAUAUGCCCUUCAUCGACAAAAGCUCAUCAGCUUUGCUCAUCUGUUAGGUAGCGAUUACACCGAGGGAAUCCCUGGCAUUGGUCCUGUCACGGCCCUGGAGAUCAUUACUGAAUUCUCCAACCUCGAGGAGUUCCGCGACUGGUGGACAGAAGUGCAAAUGGGCGCAAACAAACCUGACGACGUUCAUCUCGCCUUUCGGAAGAAAUUCCGAAAAAAGGCAUCCAAGAUCUUCCUUCCGCCCUCAUUCCCUGAUACUCGAGUUGACACUGCCUAUUUGGAACCUGAGGUUGAUGCGGACCCCUCUCAAUUUCAAUGGGGUGUACCCGACUUGAACGGUUUGAGGCACUUUCUCAUGUCCACCAUCGGCUGGAGCCAAGAGCGCACAGAUGAGGUUUUGGUCCCCGUCAUUCGUGAUAUGAAUCGUCGAGAUCAGGAGGGCACACAGUCCAAUAUCACACAGUUCAUGGCAGGUCCACAAGGUGCAGGUGCGUUUGCGCCUCGUGUUCGAUCAAGUGGGCCUAGCCGCAUGGAAAAGGCGUUCGGUCGACUACGACAAGAGGCUCAAGGAGGCCAGAUCUUGCCUGGUGAUGAGUCACCAGCCACGGAAGGAAAUGGCGAAGAAGCCACCAGUUCGCAAAAGAAAACUAAGCGGGGGGCAUCAUCCACCCAGGCUAAAUCUGGAACGAGUAAGAAGCGAAAGACUCGUGUAGAGUCCUGA